UUCCGGCGGCCCCAGCACUCGGAAGGGGCGGUGCCGGGCAGGGAAUAGAGGGGCGGCCCGGCCCGACGGAAUCGCUCUUCCUUCCCCCUCCAUGCUCCGGCGGCGCGGGGACCGCCCGCGGGGUCACCCGAAUGGCGGCGCUGGUGCGGGCUGUGGGACGAGCCCUGCUGGGCCCGGCCGCGCCCCUGCUCCGGGCGGAGCGGGGCAUUAGCGGCGGCGAGGCCCGCUGGGGACCCGUGAGGCCCGGCCUCCCCGUGCCCCUGUCCUCGCCCCUGGCGGGGCUUACCCGGCCCAUUCGUAUCAGGGAGCCCCAGAAGCCGAAGCAGGUGGAUCGGUGGACAAAAAAACGGGCGUUGUUCGGGGUCUACGACAACGUGGGAAUCCUGGGUGACUUCCAGUUCCACCCAAAGAACCUCAUCAGUGGGCCCAAGUGGCUGCGAGGCUGGCGGGGGAACGAGCUGCAGAGGUGUAUCCGCAAGAAGCAGUUGGUGGGGGAUCGGAUGUUUGUGGAGGACCACCACAAACUCAGCAAGAGGAUCCGGUACUUGUACAGGCGCUUCAACCGCACUGGGAAGCAUCGCUAGAAGCAGCCCUGGGUUUGGCAGAUGGAGCGCGGUUUCAUGGCGCUGCGGUCAGAAUAAAGCCAGCCUUCACACA